CUUUUAUUUUCGGGUUUAAAUUAUGAAUCUACCCAAUACCCUAAUAUUUAUUUUAGUAUAAAUAAUUACAAGAUCUGACGCAAAAUCAGCACAAAUUCGAGAUCUUGUUGCUGUUGGAUGCGGAUUCAAGUAAGUUUUACUUCAAUUUUGAGUUCAGAUACUGUAGAAUUUGGGAAUAGAUCAAUAAUUUUUUUAGGGUUUUCGUAGGUUUAAAAUUUGAGGUAUUUAGCUGAUCUGAACGGAGAUUUUACUGUUUUGUGUUCGAAUGUUGGUGGGGUUUUUGUAUCUUCAACUGUGUUGUUCGUUUUGAUCAUCAAUUUGACAUACAGUUGAAAUUUGUUGACCUAUAUGAAGUUUCCUGAACUGGUAAUUGUGUUAAAUUUGGGGAAAAUUAGUUGGGGUUUUGUAAUUAAGCUUAUAAUUAACUCGUAUCUAUGUUUGGUUGUAGAUUUAGCUAGAGUAUGAGUAGGUCUUGAAUCCAAGCUUCGAUAAUUAUGAGUUUGAUUUGGUAAUCUAGGCAAACUUAUAAUGGUGACGAUUGAAAUGUAUCAUUUCUUAUUAUCUGUUUUGCAAAUAUGUUCCAUAUUUGUAGUUUUAUGCUGCAUAAAGUUGGGAAAUUAAUAUUGGCAAUUUUUUAAUUUUGGGAGCUUUGAAUCCUGUUAUUGGAGUUACAAUUUGAAUAUAUGCUCUGCAUUUGGUUAUGGAUGUAGUUUGUUUGGUUAUGUAGACAUGGUGGAGCAUGAAAUAGGAAUUAGAUUGUUGUCUUUAUUCAUGCUAGUCAUUGUUCCUUCUACCUAUUUGCUCACAUACUUGCACUAGCCAGUGUCUUCACAGAAACAACUGCUCUACUUUUUGGGGUAGAUGACAGGUUUGCGUACAUCGCACCAUAAAGACGGCAAGACCGUACUUUCAAAGUAAAUCGGUUUUGUUUGGUUUGUUCUCGUGCAUUAUUCAUGAUAGUCGUCGUUCCAUCUUACCCGUUUGCUCACACGCUUGCAAAACAAGGUGUCUUCACGUAAACAGUUGUUCUACUCUUUGGGAUAGAGGACAGGCCUGUGUACGUCCCACCCCACAAACCCUACUUUCGAAUGGGAUAUUACUGGGUUGGUUUGGUUUGUUGUCGUGCAUUAUACAUGCUAGUCAUUGUUCCAUCUACCUGUUUGCUUGCACAGUUGCACUAGACGGUGUUUUCACAUAAACAAUCGCUCUACUCUUUGGGGCAGAGGACAGGUUUGCGUACAUCCCACCCCUAGACCAUACUUUCAAAUGAAAUAUAUACUGGGUUAGGGCCUGUUUGUUAGUAGUUUAAUGAGCUUAAUAGGAUUCACAGCUUAUUCGGUCAGCUAUAAAUGACUGUUUGGUAGUGACUUAAUGAUAUAGAAAGUGGCUUAUUGAAUAAGCUUCUAGAGGAGCCUAUGCAAAAAGCCAAGAUUUUUUCCAAAACCUGCCCCUAUGAAUUAGAAAAACAUAUAUGUUUUACCAUCUAUGAGAGAACCCUCCCAAUCUAUACAGACAAAUUAAUCACACAAAUAACUUUAUCCAUACAGUACCUAAUGGAAAACCAACCCAACAACCCCUUAGUUUGGUUUGGUUUGGUUUGUUUUGUUGUGGUGCAUUAUUCACGAGUUAUAGCUUUCUUGUAGAGACUGAACGUUUGAGAUGGAUCCAACCAUAGAAGAAGCUCUUAGAGCUAAAGAGAAUGCAGAGAAGCUAUUUGCAGUGAAAGAUUUUGCAGGUGCGAAACAAUAUGCUUUGAGGGCUCAAUCAUUGUGCCCUCAACUUGAGGGUAUCGCUCACAUGGUGGCCACAUUUGAAAUAUAUGCUGCUACAAAUAUGAACCGGGAAUUUGAUUUCUACGCACUUCUUGGAUUGGAUCCAUCUGCAGACAAGUCUUUACUGAAGAAACGGUACAAAAAGAUGGCCGUCCUUCUUCACCCUGACAAGAACAAAACUGUGGGAGCCGAUGAGGCUUUCAAGCUUCUCUCUGAAGCGUGGGCUGUGUUAUCCGAUAGCGUGAAAAGAAGCUUGUAUGAUGCCAAGCAAAAUAAGCACUUAUCGGCUACAGUUUAUGGUACUUCCGGUGUUCCAGGUUCUGAGAGUUCUUCCAACACUCAUUCAUCUGUGAAUAGACUUGAUACUUUCUGGACUGUGUGCACCUCUUGUCGUGUUCAGUAUGAAUAUCUUCGAAAAUACGUGAAUAAGAGACUUUCGUGCAAAAACUGUCGAGGAGUUUUUGUAGCAGUUGAAACUGGUGCAGCUCCGGUGACCUAUGCUCCUUGGUCAUAUUCAUCUGAGAAUGGAUAUGUUAACCAUCCGUAUAAUGAAGCUACGUAUGUACCAAGCUCAUCUGUAUGUGUUUCCGGCAAUGGGUCUGCUGCUAAUCAUUCUGCACACGGGUAUGAAUACACCGGCACAGUUUCAUUCCAGUGGAAUACUUUGGAUCCUAACGGUCUGCCUUCUAAAUCCGUCAACAUUAGUAGGGCAAAAGCCAACGGGAAACAUCAGAUGAGAUUGAACACGGGUUCCGGCGAGACCCCAGCUCCUAGGCUCGGCAGACCACCUAAGAAACGGAAGAUAGAAGCAGCAGAUGCACCUCGGAACACAAAUGGGGAAACGGCUUUAAGAACUGAACCAGAUUUGGUAGCAACUAAUGGCGACAUUCCAACCAGGCAGUACCCGGUUCCCCCUGUUUUUGAUGCCAGAAAGAUGUUAAUUGACAAAGCUAGAUCGGUAAUUCGGGGGAAGUUAAAGGAAAUGAAGCUGGCGUCCACUUUGAAAGUUGAAAAGAACGGAAAAGCACAGAAUAAAACUAGUUCGAUGCCAAUAACAGUCCCUGACCCCGAUUUUCAUGAUUUUGACAUGGAUAGGUCUGAGGAAGUUUUCAAGCCGAAGCAAAUAUGGGCUAUAUACGACGAAGAAGAUGGGAUGCCACGUCUUUACUGUAUAAUCCGCCAGGUCAUCUCCGUGAAACCGUUUCACGUCCACAUCAGUUACUUGAACUCUAAAACCGACACUGAAUUUGGUUCCACAAAGAUUGAAUCUGGAUUCACUAAAUCUUGCGGAAGUUUCAGGGUUUCCCAUUCCGACAUGGUUGACCAAGUGAACAUCUUUUCGCAUCUUUUGGGCAGAGAGAAGGCUGGCAGAGGCGGAUGCGUUGGCAUAUACCCGAAAAGAGGAGACAUUUGGGCUGUGUAUCGGAAUUGGUCAGAGAAUCGGAAUCGGAAGACAACGAAACGAUAUGAAAUGGUGGAGAUUCUUGACGAUUACUCUGAAAAACGUGGAGUCUGCGUGACACCUUUGGUGAAGCUAGAAGGGUACAAGACUGUGUAUCGAAGAAAUCCAAACAAGAAUGCGGUGCGAUCGAUUCCCAAAAAAGAGAUGGUUCGGUUUUCGCACCAGGUCCCGUCUUGCUUGCUAAAAGGUCAAGGGCUCAAUUUGCCAGAUGGGUGUUGGGAUCUUGAUCCAGCUGCAACACCAGAAGAGCUUCUGCAAGCUGCAAUGGAAGUAGAGGCAGAUGAAGCGGAAAAGAAGAAGAAAGGUGAAGUUAGAGGUGUGGAAGGUCAUUUUAGUCAUUUACUUUGACAAGUAAUGAGAUUGAUAGUGUAUAGAUCCAAACACAUAGUGACGGGGGGCAAUUGGUGAGAAAAUUUAGGUAGCUGGAACUGGAAAAAGGGUCAGUAGAAGAUGAUCCGCGGAUGAUGGAGCUCAAAGAUUUGGUUUUUAAGAUUGGCUUAAAAGAUGUUGGUUCAGAAACUUGUACUAAUUAAUUACUUAUUUAUGAGUUAAUUACCUUUGAGAUGUAUUAAUCACUUUUAUACCAAUGAUGCAUCGAUGGGUUAUGAUCUCGAGCUUCGAGUGAUGCUAGUUUUUCGUUUUAGUCUUUUUAUCCAAGUUAUGCACUUUUUGCGAGUAAUGGUAGUCAAGCUUCGGUGAUACACUACUUGAAGAAUAAGCGAUUGUAACCGAACUCGGAAAGAUUCUUGAUGUGUUUUGACGUUUUAAAUUUUCGUGUUCGGUUUUUGGUUUUGGUUUUGCUUUAUAACUUCGAGAAUAUACAGAAUUACUUGUAACGUAUCGAACACAAAAUGCUAAUUUAACCAGUAACGUUACGAGGAA